UGUAAUCCCGUGAAUUAUAGAUAUUUGAAGAAUGUUUUGUCCUCAAACGAGGCUUUAAAAAAUAAAAUAAAAUGUGUAAACACCAUGAAAAUAGUAAUUCGUCUUUAUAAUUUGGCUGUCAUAAACUAAGCAUGCUUAGACUUGUUGAUAUUUGACACCCAACCCCAAGUUUUUUUCUUUCGUCUUAAAAAAAUAUGGGAAACAAACAUUCAUGUGCAAGCAGUAGCUUUUCUUCGAGACUUCAUGCUAGGAUUGUAAAGAUUAUCGACUUGUAAAUUGACUGAAACUAGACACCUGAAGUAGUUCCUUUUAUUUCUCUUCGCUCAUUCUCCUCCCUUCGCGUUCUCUCCCCAUAACAAAACGUCGCCAAAUUCCUUUAGUUUUUGAUGUCUACGUUGGGGAUGUUUAAAGAACAUGGCGGAUUGAUUGAACGGAUUUAAUCCUCUGCUACACAAUAUAACCCUCUAGAUAUCGAAGUUUACGAAGGAGCGAAAAAGAAAUUCAUCUUCAUGGAUGAAAAAGAGUGAAGGAUAAACGAAGACGAGGAGGGCGCGUAACGGGACAACUCAGAGGAAAACAAGUUAUAAAGACAUUUCCCUCAAGAAAACGAUGGAAUUUGCUUGAGGUUUGAGUUGUUGGACAGAAUUUGCAAAGACAUUCUAGCUGAAAAGGGCCUUGGGAAUGGAUGGAGAAAAAGAAAAAGAGCGGGAGAGAGGAAAUGAAAAAGAGAGUGAUGAGACAGAGGAAGAUGCAGAGGGGGCAGCCUUGUUAUGGCAAAAGGGAUACCCUGAAGAUGACCUGGGCUUACCCAUCAUGCACUGGGAGGAUCUGAGCCUUCGUAUUGCUGAACUUGAGAAGCAACAAGAAGAGCAGAGACAGAGGGAAAAGGACUUGGACAAGCUGACAGUAGACUGGCCAGAAAUCAGAGGGCUGAGCAGUCACAGAGAAUCCUAUGAGGACAUGGAGGAUGAUUGCAACAGUCGUCUGACUUCUCUGUCAUCAAGGCUCCAGAGCCAGAUGAAUCUACAGCUGUGCUUCAUCAAUAACAGUGAAAGUGAGGAGGAAGAGGAGGAAAUAGAGGCAAAGAAAGAGGUGGCAAAACAGUCCAGUAAGAGUGGCAGCAUUCAGCGAUUAGAGAAGGAGUGUGGUUCAAGCUCUGCAACGACUAAGAAAACCAAAUCAAGAGGGUUUAGGAAUGAUGUCAGAGCUGCACUGAGUGUACUUAGACACAAAUUGAGACUGGAGCAAAAACAGACUAUAGCUCCCAGUGAGGCUGUCAGAGAAAGGAGGCACUAUGAGCGAAAUGACUUGAAGAAUUUCAGCUUGAAGGAGUUGAAAGCAUUGAGGACCUCACUAAGCAAAGACAUUCAUGACUUCAGUUCAGAACUGGUGGGUCGACUUCUCACAAGGGACCAGCUGAGAACAGAGCAGGAUGCCAUGCUGCUGGAGGUACAAGAUAUGACAUCACUCUGAUGCACAAUCAACAAAAUGGAACAAAAUGACCGGACAUUCGUUUACAAGAGCUGCCUGAUCUAAUGACUUUACUGUGAAAAGCUACAGCACUCCAUCAUCACUGCAAAAUUCUUGUAAGGUUUUUAUAGUUUUUCAUUUCAGCUUUUUUAUGACACUUUUAUUCCACCAAUGAGAAUUUAAAACUGCAGUUUACAUUCUUAAAAUUGAUAGGUCAAACAGAUAAAGCAACAUUUUCAACAAAAGACACUAAAGGCCAUGCCAUGCUUCUUUGCUCAAUAUUACUCUAAUUUGUUUAGUGGCAAAGCCAAUUAUUCCAAGCCUCGCAUGUUAAGACAUGGCUCAUUAAAUGCCACAAAGUAUGUGUGUGUACAUACAUUGCCAAGCAACUCAUAACUGGAUUGUUGUUGUCACUGUUUGUAAAAUACUUAAAUAUUAUUUUGUGGAAUAAAAGGGAUUUCAUUAA